UAAUCCUAUGGAUUAAAUUACUUUUUUCAAAAAACAAGAUUACUUAGUAGCGCGUUAAUAUUUUGGAAUUUGACGACUAUGGCGCACCAGAGGUUAAAUAAGAAUUAAUCCUAUUUUUCAUCAAUUUAUUUUUUUUGAUACGGCGCUUAAAAUAGAUUGUAGAAACUUUCGUAGAACUUUUUUCUUUUUGCACUCCCUGAACACAAUAAAGGGAAUUAAAAAAUGCAACAUACCACAAAGUUAAUUAAUUUUUAUUUGUAAUAAUUAUUUUUCAUCAAUUGAUUUUUUUGAUACGGCGGUUAAAAUAGAUGGGUGAGCGUCAACUUUCAUUGAACAUUUUUAUGUUUGCGCACUCCCUGAAAACGAUUAAGAGAAUUAAAUCAUACCACUAAAAUUAAUUUACUUUUGUCCCAAGAAAAUAUUAUUCUUUAAUAAUACGUUGCUCGCGGAAGGUGAACUAAAUUUGAUUGCAAAAAAAUUCCACUCUUGAUAAGAGUGGCGCGCAGCAGAUUCGUUGCAUUUCUCAUAAAUACAUAUUAUAUGAUUCAGUAUUCUUGUUUGGAAUGCUGAAGUUGAAAUGAAUUUAGGCUUGAGGCAGUGCUCGGCAGCCACCUUUGUCUCACUAGGCCCACAUCUUUAGCGUACGAACUACACAGGUUUUAUUUCGUAAGUGACAAACAAAAACCCAAAACGAUGGCUGCCACAACCUUGACUUCUGUGGAAAGGACUAUGCCUGACGAGCUUGACGACUUUCCAGAGGAGGAACUUUUUCGCAACUUCCUGAACAAAGAUCAAUAUCAGUUCUGCGUGGAGGUGAUCAAAUUUUCCUGGUGGCAGUCCACCUUUUGUCUCAAAGAGUUCAUGAAGUUUGAUGCAACGUUCCUUGCAACUAACUGCUUUUGCAAGAUGGUAGACGAGAAAAAGAGGAACGAAAGCGCAGCCAUGCUACUUCAAGUGGCCAAAGGCGCUGCCGAAGGAAAAAUAAUUGGCGAACAUUUGAAGUGGAUGUUGCAAAGAUUGAAAGAGAUCUACGACGAAAAGAAGGACCAGACAUUGGAGGACAUAGUGGACAAGGAGGAAGAAAUGAACCGGUCGGAGGUCGACGAGUUGGACAAGGAGGCCGAUGAAGGUGAAGAAUCGGACCAGGCUGAUGAAGGCAAAAAGUUGGAGGAGGAGGAGGAGACUAAUGAGGGUAACGAGGCCACCAACGAUGAUGACGAGCUUGAGGAAGAAAACACUGAGCCGGCCGACCUCUCUUUCAACCAUGACUACAUUGUUGAGCACGGUGGGCCACCCAUAUUUCUCACACCUGCAGAAGAGCCACUCGUUGACCUACCGGAGCCUGACAAAACACCAAGAGAGGUGACCCGUGUGUGGGAAAAUCAGCAAUACCUCAGCAAUUGCGCCUGGUUCAGGAGAGAGGAUGACAAAUGGGUUUUCGUGACCUCCCGCUGCGUUUACAGCUCGAUUCUCAACGCCAUUUUCGAACUCAUCAAGCUGGGCCAUCGAGACUGGGCAAAAUCCGUGAUCAGGGAAAACAGCCCGAUGGCUUUCCAUCACUUCAUCUCGUUGGCCGUCGAUGGCGAAAAAUCAAAUGUAGACUGUUUCCUCCAGUACCAUUCACUGCGGCUCGUUGAAUUCUGCAAAGAGGCCAAAGGCCUUGUGGUCCAUGGUGAAGUGGCACCCAAUGAGCUUAUGGAUCAGUUAAAAUGGAAAGCUGGUGAACAAGUGCAGUACUGCAACAGGUGCAAAAUAUUUAGCAAAACGGCCCUCCACUUUGUUGAACUCUCUCAGCUUAAUCAACUACGAGUUGGAAAACAACCUAAAGCCUCUGCCUGCCCUCGGUGCGAUGGAAACCGCACUGCCCACUUGCGACUCAACCAGCUCGGCUUUCCAGUGGCCGUACCUCAAAGUCAGGAUGAUCCAGUCGAAAUCGCCAGCAUCUUCCAAGAACGGAUAAUUACGGAGAAGAUCAGAAUUGGAGAGACCCGGUACCAGGUCCGAGCGGCAAUAGUGACUUACGACGAAAAGGACAACCAGAGGCAUUGCGUUGCUUUGAUGCCGCCCGAAAGAAGCCGCUCCAACAACCCUGAAUUGUGGUCUGUUUUGGACUCAAAUGAGCCAGACAAUGCUCAAUCCCUUGAUAACUAUGCUGCUAACUCAGGAAGACUCAAUCUGGUGUUCUACCUCCGUUGAGACUCUCUGUCUGGUCCAGAAUCUUGUGAUUUUUCCCCAGCCUGCUCUCAACUGCUUGGCGCCGCUGGCUGAGGGCUGAGGUCUCUCGUACAAAUACAUUUUCGAUCAAAUUCACAAAUUGCCCGGAUCUCGUUUAAAUCAAUUGCAUUUGUAAAAAAAUUCACACCAAAUUCUUAAUGCUUAUAAAUGAAAGUCACUGUCAUUGAAAAAAAAACCCGCUAAAAUAAGUGAACGUUCACAAAGGUCAGGGCCUGCCUCUUACAGAAGUCAUAUUGGAGUAAUUUUGGGCAGUCAACCUUAUCUUGUUCACUUACCUUAUUCUUUUUGUUUCUCGUUUCCCGACCAUGCCAACAAACACCAAAAUGCGCGUGCCAUCCACAUCAAAUUCAUACGUCACGCACCCCAGUGUGGCACCUCGCCCUUCACCGCAGGGAAGAACCACUUGUUGGCUGCAACCAUAAAGAAACGCAAGCUAAAAAUUACUUUUCUGAUUAUUUUGACAAAGCUGUCUUUUCUACUGGAGUCUGGUUCUGUAGAUAGAAUCGUUCCAUUUCCACUUCUGUUUCAUUUUCCAUUUGCUAACCCAUUCUAUUUCGUCGCUUUUUUCAAUAACGACUUCUAUUACGCGGCCAUUCCAUUUCCAUAUCUAUUUCGUUGUCAAUUUUAUUAGUUGGGCCAUUUAUUUAUUUAUAUUUAAUUUGAUUAUGCUUACAGUGAUUUUCAAAUGGUUUUUAAUAUUAAAGU